UCUUUUUCUUUCUUGGAUUAUCUUUCUACCUUUCUGGCUAGCUGGCUACCUGACUAUCUUCCAUCUGUACGUCUAUCUACCCACCCACCCUACUCUACCUCCUCCACCACCACAGCAACAACGACCCAACCAAGCAACCAACCUAGCAGACAGACAGACAUACAUACAUACAUGCAUGCGCGCGCUCCACCCUCUCCAGUCCCCACACCCCACCCACUCUCCCUCCUAGUACCUCGCAUCAGCAUCAUGACCAGCAUCAGCAGCAGCAGCAGCAGCAGCAGCAGCAGCCCAGCGCAAGCAGCACGUCAUUCCCGCCGCGGCGGCACCGCACGACCGCUCGCUCGAUACGACUUACUGCCUGCCAUGACACGCACCCGGCCCGGCAGGCAGGCAGGCAGGCAGGCAAGACACCCAUACGUACACGGCCUCGCCUGCGAGACGAGACGCCAGACGAGACGGGACGAGACACGGCGUGGCGCGGCGCGAUCGACCGCCUGCCAGAUGGCCUGCCUGCCUAGGACCCCACCCCCACCACAGCGGGGGUUGUCGCUGCUGCUGCGCGCGCGCCCCGCGACUGGGCUGGGCCGGCGAUGGAGCCCUCCAUACGUCCAUACGUCCUUAUCUCCCUACCUAUCUCCCUACCUGCCUACCUACGUCGAUCGGUCCAACCCCAGCCAGCCAGGGCGCUAAACCAGCACCCCCACCCGGCACGGGACGCACGGGACGCACGGGCGCGCGCGAGGGCGGGACGGACUGGAAGUGAGGCGAGAGUGUGAGGGUGCGAGGGUGUGAGGUACUAGGUAGUGCUUGCUCGAGCGCCGCGUGCCUGCCUACAU